GGUUUCCACUUUUUUCCUCACCUGGUCGUACCCUUCAACUUUCUCUCUCCUCUCUUUUUGGUCGCGUGAUUCUUCUUCUUCUUCUUCUGCGUUCUGUUCUGUCUCUAGCUCUGCGAUCGCCGAUCGCUUCUCUUUCUUCCAGACAUUUUAGCUGUAAGAAUGAAGGGCGCCAAGGGUAAAGGGGCAACAAGAAAGGACACGAAGGAAGCAUUGAAGCCUGUUGAUGACAGAAAGGUAGGGAAGAGAAAGGCUCCAGCCAAGCCAGAGAAAAGUAGCAAAAGAAAUGCUAAGAAGGAAAAAUUGGCCAAAAAAGACCCAAACAAACCCAAGAGGCCUCCCAGUGCUUUCUUUGUGUUCCUUGAAGAGUUUAGACAACAAUUCAAAAAGGAAAAUCCUAAUGUGAAGGCUGUCUCCGCUGUCGGGAAAGCUGGUGGAGAGAAGUGGAAAUCCAUGAGUGGAGCUGAAAAAGCUCCAUACGAAGCCAAAGCUGCAAAAAAGAAGGCCGAGUAUGAAAAGAUUAUGAAUGCUUACAACAAGAAGCAGGAAAGCUCGGCUGACGAUGGUGAUGAGGAAUCUGACAGGUCAAAAUCCGAAGUUAAUGAUGAAGAUGAUGAGGAGGAUGAGGAGGAAGAGGAGGACGAUGACGAUGACGAUGAUGAUUAAAGUGGGAUGCUUUCUGAGUUUGGGCAUUUUGGUUAAUCCAGGCAAAUACACUGGAUAUUGUAUGUUCUGAUCCUAGUUUACAUGUAUUGUCAUAUGGGAUGGGUGAACAGGAUGUUUUCUCUUAUCACUAUACAUCACCCAAGUGGGUUUGUUUCUUACUACUAUUAAAGUUGUCAUGGUGCCAACUUAUCCUUAUGUGGUGGCUUAAGCAUGUCAGUUCUCUCAUUCCAUUUAGUUAUAACUGAGUAUGUGUGUGUAUAUAAAGAAUGUGAUUAUUAGCAUAUUGCUACCAUAAGGGUUUUCGAUAGCUGCUCUUGGCGCAUGUCCUCCUUCUAUUGAGUACCUUUCUCAAGGGUAUGCCGGUAUUGGUAUUUUAAAAACUGUUUGGUCUGUUAUGUUUGGUAUAUCAAAUGAUUGAGCUUAAUCAAGCAGUCACAACUGCUAUUUCCC